AUAUUUACCUCCCAGACCUCAGAGAGGACGCUCUGUCCAGUUCAUGGAGUAUUUAUACCUUCCUGGGAUCCAGAGACCCGCUUUAGUCUUUGAGGGACGUGAAUCUCCACGACUGUCUCUCAAACGUUUAAAGUCAUCAGACUAAAGCCUGCUGAGUCCUGUAGAGGACGUCCAGGCCUUUCCCAUCAGCUCUGGUUUGAUGGUUUGUCACUCACAGCAGGAGACAUGUUUGCUGACAGGAUCCUCCUGGUUCUCCUCCUGCUGGCUCCUACGGGAGCCUUCAUGGUCCAUAACACCCGCCGAAGCCUGUGCAUGGACGACUCUGCAGCGUCAGGCGAGGUGGUCCUCAGGAGGUGUAACCUGGACUCCGUGUCCCAGCAGUGGGUCUGGGUGGACCAGAACAUGCUCAUGAACGAGGCGUCCUCCAGGUGUCUGUGGGCCCAGCAGCCAGGACCGCCGCGUACUCGGUCCUGCAGUGAGCGGGGGUCAGGGCCGGGGUCGGACCCUUCAGGGUUACUGUGGGACUGUGACAGAGACAGGCUGAUCAGCAGGAACUUGUCCAUGAUGCUGGCCGUCGAUGGACGGCGUCCGGUCCUCUCACACGACAGCAAACAGUCCAGGUGGAGGUCUGUGGAUGGAGGGGACAUCUGCCAGGAGAGACAGAGAUCCAGGCGGUCUUCUGAUGAACCAGAUGAGUUUGAGUCCACAGAUGAGCAGGCAGGUGCAAAGAUGACAGAGGAACAGAGGGAGUAUCUCCGCUGGUUCUACCGCACAGAGGACCCGACCACCUGGAAGUUCGUCCUGCUGGGUCUUGCCUUCGUCUGCCUUCUGGUUGGCUUCAUGCUGCUGGGGAUGGGAGUCAUGGCCAACAAGAACAGAAAGAAGAUAGCCAAGUACAAAGCAGCGGCGGCUCUGGCUCAGAUGGGCAAGGGCGAGCAGCUGCAGGUCAUUUCAGCGCUCAGAGACGACAGCAGCAGUAAACCGUCACCUUCGCCAGAACGAGUACAGCACAGACCGCCGCCGCCCAACGGGGAGCUGAGCGAGCUCAAAGCAGGGAGCAUAGUCGUCACAUGGAAGGACGGGAACACUUCCUGUCUGUACCCAGACACAAAGGAGGAGCAACAGGAGGAGCAAGAGGAGGAGCAAGGGGAGGAGGAGAAACAGGAGGAGCAAGGGGAGGAGGAGAAACAGGAGGAGGACCAUGCAGAGGUGUCAGCUGAUGAGCCUGUGAAGGCAGAGGAGUAGAGAUCAGACAUGUGUUAGUAUGUUCCACUCCACUCACUGGAUCCUAGCUGCUAAUGCUAACAAGGCAUCAUCAGUCUAAAGAUGCAAGAAUACGCCAGUUUGACUCAGAGCUUUUAUUAUUUCAGUGCAGAGGUGGAAGGAAUAAAGGAGUGUUAGUGUGGUCAGAAACAGCGGAGAGUUGAUUCAGGUACCAUACACGAUACGAUACACUCGAUUUUAAAAAUGAGAUGCAACCACACAAGCCCCACAUAUUUGAAAUACCCGUGUUCAUAGUUUAGUCUUCAGCGUCUCUUCAGUCGUGUGUGUUAGAUCAUUAGCAUUGGUGCUAGCCUCCUAGCUAACAGUUACUUCAUGUCAGAGCUGAAAAGUUGAUCAUGUUUUCCUGGGUUCUGUUGUUGGAAUUAUCUGUUUGUGCAACUUUUUAACCUCUAUUCAACACAGUGUCUGCCAAUUUUUGCUACUUAUGUUGACACUUUUUGCCCGUUUUUUCCAUUUGUUGCUCUGUAAUGCCACUUUUUUUGCCUGUUUUAACCCUUUUUCUCACUUUUUUCCUUCUUCAAACUCAUUUUUGCUGUUUUUCACCCUGUUAUGCCCCAAACCCCCCCCAUCCCCAUUUUUGGCCUCUUUUUACCCAGUUUUGCUUCUUCUGACACAUUUGUGCCAACUUAAUCCUAUUUUUUAAUACUGUUUUGCCACUUUUAACAAAUUUUUGCUUGCUGCUUUUCCUGGAUUUUUGCUAAUGUUCCACUUUGUUUUGUGUUUCAAUCAUUUUCUCCAGUUUUAACAUGUUUUUGCCCCUUUUAACUAUUUUUUUCCAUUUCUUUGCCAUUUUUAAACUAUUUUUCCUCAGUUUUCACCAGUUUUUGCUGGUUUUUCUUUUUCUUUUAUUUUUUUUUUGCUGGUUUGAACCCAUUUCUCCACUUUUCUCCAAACUUUUUAGUCUUUUUUCACAAUAAUGUAAUUAUUUUCCAUUAAAAGAUGUCUCAUUUUUUCUGCUUUAUUUUCUGGCAUCCUGGUUUAGCUCUGAAGUCUUUCCUUUCUUUACUUUCCACAUUUUCGGUUCAGUGUGCCCGUUAUAGUUGUUAUCAUAAUUUAAAGGGGAUUCUGUUUUAGGAAAAGGGCGUUUAGAUUAACCCCUUAAAGCCUGAAAACACAAAUAAUAGCCAGAAAUUUCUAAUUUUUUGGAACUGAAACAAUCAUUUAACUUUCUACUGAAAAUUUAAAAAAAAUCCAAAUUUCCAUAAAAUUUCACAAAUAUAUUUUUAGUAUCUCAUUUCAUUCAUUAGAUGUUUUUGGUAACUGAUAAUCCACUUGAGGGCAUUUUUAUCAUUCAUCAGAUUGUAUUCAGGAGUUUUUUUGAGUAACUUAUAGAGCAUUUUGAUUGGAUAAAAGUAUCAUAAAAGUAUGUAUCAAAUAUGCGACAACAGGCAUUAAGGGGUAAAGAUAGAUAAAUCAAAAUGUCUUUAAAACUUUAAUAAGAAUGCUUAAAAAUAAAAUUAUUGUUACCGCAGCCUGACUUUAUAAAGGACCAGGAUUUUCCUAACCCCAUGGGCCCCCAGUCUGACUGGCCCUUUUACCCCCCCCCCCCCCCCCCCGCACCCUUGACCGAAAUACAUAAAUAAUAUAAAUAAAUAAAGAUGUUAAAGGACGAUAAAAGUAAAUCAUUGAGAGAAUAAAGAUGGAAAUUGUAGAUGGUAUCAGAGUCUGUUUCUGUGUCUGACCUCCAUCUUUAAAGGGGCUCUAUGUCAGAUUGUUGCUUUAAAACUUCCCACUUUUGAGUAUAUAAUGGUGCGCACUUUAUCCUGAUGUGAAGAAUGAGGCUCUUUAUGUCUUCCUUGUUUGCCUUUGUCAGCCUGUGGAGUCGUUUCUCUGUGAAGAAUUCGGGACGAAUUUUCUGCGAAAGCUCAACAGAAGUGCGUCGGGUACUACGUAAUGCGUGCACCCCCUCGCUCUGUUUAUACCUGACAACGCCGUGUUGAAUGGAGAAGGCUGCUUCCGCGAAUAAACGACCUGCUAGCUCAGCCCAAACACCCACACAAACUCUGCGAAAACAUAAAAAACUAAGAUAGUUUUAUCUGCUGAAGCCUGUCAGGCUAAAAGAGAGUGUGACCGACGCAGGGGGAAAUAGAGGAUAAAUGUCGGUGGAGCAUUAGAGACAUGGAGGGAGCUUCGCUCGGCGCUCGGGAUAAAUACCGAUCCAGAGAUGGCCGUCUUUCUGUUGAAAAGGUAAGGCAUCACUCCGGACCAUGAAAUACAAUGUAGUGUUUUAUGUUGUAUAAACCAUAUGCUACAUCACGUUAGCUUGC